AUGUCUGGUCGACGCGAUUUCCUUAGUCAAAAGGCGCCAGAAAAUUAUGUCGCUGGUUUAGGUCGAGGAGCGACAGGAUUUACAACACGAUCUGAUUUAGGUCCUGCGCGAGAGGGACCAAGUGAAGAUCAAAUCAAAGAGGCUCUUGCAAAGCGCGCUGCUCAACUCGGUCAAGCGGCUCCUACAGCAUACGGAGCUACAGAAAAAAAAGAUGAUGAGGAGGACGAUGAGCGCUUCCAGGAUCCGGACAAUGAAGUUGGAUUAUUUUCAGGUGGCGUUUAUGACAAGGACGAUGAUGAAGCAGAUAGGAUCUACCAGGAAGUGGAUGAGAAGAUGGACAGAAGGCGGAAAAUAAGAAGGGAAGCACGAGAAAAAGCAGAAAGGGAAGAAUACGAACGCAAUAAUCCCAAGAUUCAACAACAAUUCGCGGACCUGAAACGAGCAUUAGGAACAGUCAGUGAUGAAGAUUGGGCAAACUUACCAGAAGUGGGUGAUUUGACUGGCAAAAAUCGACGAAGCAAGCAAGAAUUGAGAAAGAGGUUUUAUGCAGUCCCUGAUAGUGUUAUUGCUGGAGCUCGGGACGCGACAGAGUUGGGAACCACUGUAAUGGAUGAUGGGGUAGAAAGUGCAGGAGGAGAUGGAUCUGAUGGAACUAUGACCAAUUUUGCGGAUAUUGGAGCGGCGAGAGAUAAAGUACUCAAAGUAAAACUCGAUCAAGCAUCUCAAGGCACCGACUCGAUGUCUGGAAGUGCGACCAAUAUCGACCCGAAAGGAUAUCUUACAAGUUUAGCCAAAUCCCAAAUUAACGAGGGAGAAACCCAAGUUGGUGAUAUCGUCCGUGUACGAACUCUGCUGGAGUCUGUUAUCAAAACAAAUCCAAAGCAUGCUCCAGGAUGGAUUGCAGCUGCUCGUGUCGAAGAGCUUGCAGGAAAAACUGUAGCGGCACGUAAUAUCAUCGCACGUGGUUGUGAGUAUUGUCCUAAAAGCGAGGAUAUCUGGCUGGAGAACAUUCGAUUAAAUGACAACCACAACGCAAAGAUCAUUGCAGCAAAUGCUAUUAGAAAUAACGAUCGUUCAGUGCGGUUAUGGGUUGAAUCGAUGAAAUUGGAAUCAGAACCCAGGGCCAAGAAACGAGUCAUUAGGCACGCGUUGGAUCACAUUCCUCAAUCUGUGAAUCUCUGGAAAGAAGCUGUCAAUCUCGAGGAAGAUCCCAGUGAUGCACGUCUACUUCUUGCAAAAGCCACCGAGAUUAUUCCUCUUUCAGUCGAGUUGUGGUUAGCGCUUGCAAGGUUAGAAACAUCCGAGAAUGCUCAAAAGGUCCUUAAUAAGGCCCGCAAAGCUAUACCUACUUCUCAUGAAAUUUGGAUAGCUGCAGCCCGGCUUGGUGAGCAAAUGGGCACAGCUUCUAAAAUAAAUGUCAUGAAUCGUGCUGUUAAAGCUUUAGCAAAAGAAUCCGCCAUGUUAAAAAGAGAAGACUGGAUCACUGAAGCAGAAAAGUGUGAGGAAGAGGGAGCAGUUUUGACUUGCGGUAAUAUCAUUCGUGAAACUCUUGGAUGGGGACUGGAUGAAGAUGAUGAUCGAAAAGACAUUUGGAUGGAGGAUGCAAAAGCUAGCAUAAACCGUGGAAAGUAUGAAACUGCUCGUGCUAUUUAUGCUUAUGCACUUCGUGUGUUCGUUACUAGCACAAAGCUUUGGCUUGCAGCUGCAGACCUAGAAAAGAACCACGGUACUAAGGAGGCUUUGUGGCAAUUACUCGAGAAGGCUGUCGAAGCGCGCCCUACAAGUGAAGUGUUGUGGAUGAUGUUAGCAAAGGAGAAGUGGCUAGCUGGUGAAGUCGAUAAUGCACGAAGAGUCCUCGGUAAAGCAUUUAACCAAAAUCCAAACAACGAGGAGAUUUGGCUGGCGGCCGUGAAACUGGAGGCAGAAAACAACCAACCAGAACAAGCACGAGAACUUCUCAAAACGGCACGACAAGAAGCCCCGACUGAUCGUGUAUGGACAAAGAGUGUUGCAUACGAAAGACAGCUAGGCAAUAUUGACGCAGCCCUGGAUCUCGCUAACCAAGGAUUAAAUCUCUUCCCUGGUGCAGCCAAAUUAUGGAUGAUGAAAGGUCAAAUUUACGAAGGCGAAGGCAAAAUGCCACAAGCUCGUGAAGCUUAUAGUACAGGUACAAAAGCAUGUCCAAAAUCUGUUCCGCUCUGGUUACUAUAUUCACGACUCGAAGAGCGAGCUGGUAUGGUCGUCAAAGCACGUAGUGUUCUUGACAGAGCCCGACUGGCAGUCCCCAGAUCGCCAGAAUUAUGGACCGAAUCCGUCCGAGUUGAACGACGCGCAAACAACACUGCGCAGGCUAAAAUCAUGAUGGCAAAAGCUCUCCAAGAGGCACCCAACAGCGGAUUGUUAUACACAGAAUCGAUUUGGAAUCUUGAAGCACGUACGCAAAGAAAACCAAGGGCAUUGGAAGCUAUCAAGAAAGUUGAUAACGAUCCAAUUCUUUUCGUCACUAUUGCUCGUAUCUUCUGGGGCGAGAGGAGAUUGGAAAAAGCGCAGAAUUGGUUCGAGAAGGCUAUUUUGCUGGAUAGUGAUUUGGGUGAUACGUGGGCUUGGUAUUACAAGUUUUUAUUGCAGCAUGGUACUGAAGAAAAACGAGCAGACGUGAUACAGAAAUGUAUACUCAGCGAACCUCGCCACGGCGAGUAUUGGCAGGCGGUAGCGAAGGAUCCGAAGAAUGCGGGGAAGGGUAUCGAGGAAAUAUUGAAGAUGGUCGUGGAGAAAGUAGAGUGA